AUGCAAAAUUGCGCGCAAAAUUAUUGCAAACAAACAGUAUCAACAACUCGAACAACUAGACCGUCUGCCAGCCGUGGUAUUCUUAUAAUUUCUUUAAUAAAAGCAAAUACACAAAGAGAAAUGUUUGUUAAAACUGAAGUUGCAGCUCUAAAAUUACCCCAAUCACCAGAAGAAUUUGUUGGUUCAGACAAUGCUGCGUUUUGCAAGGCUUUUGAAGACCCGCAGCUAUGGGCAACCAUUCCAUUGCUCAAUUAUACGCCACUCCAUAAACUUAAAGAUUAUUCUGUUGUUCGAUUUCGUGGUAUGAUACAAGAUAUGCUUGAUCCGGAAAUCUAUUUGGAAAGCUAUGAAGUUAAGAAGAAGGAGCACUCCAGUGGAUCUGGAGAAAUUCGCAUGCAACAGGGGAAAUAUCGGGAUUGUUUGCUUCUUGGAAAAGACGAGGAAGUCAAUUAUCAUUCUGAAACAAAUGUGCAGGGUGAACGCAGAGUUCUCUUCGUGGUAUCAAUUCCAGGCAUAAACGAUUGGGCUAAAACAUAUGAAGAAAACUGUAAUAAGCGAAAUGUGCCUGAAAUUAUCACUAAUGGGGAGUCUUCGAAUCGAUCUAUUAAAAGACCGGUCGCUGAAGAGGAAAUGGAUACAGAAAGCAUGGAUACCGAAGAAUUAACGCAGUGCUCAAGUAAGGGACAAACAGAUACAAACAAGCGACAAAAAGUAGACCAAAUUGCAAGCGACAGAAAAACAACGCCGGGUUCCGCUUCUUCCGCGUGCCUUGGUGCGGAUUACCUACUUAAUUCUCCAAUACCAGACAGGCCAAGUAAAGCGUGUAUGGUCAAGGUGUAUAGCGAUUUUGACUCGUAUAUCAUAAAUACCAUUGUCGAUGUUGUUGGGUUUUUGUCAGUAGAUCCAUGUUUGGAUGGGACAAAUAUGGACGUCGACUAUGACAAUGUUGGUGAAUUACAAGCUCAAAAUCCACCCCCUUCUCUAAUACCUCGUUUGCAUGCCAUAGCUGUGCACGUAUUACCACAUGCCAAUCCUCUACUGGAUCAACGUUUAGGAAAGUGGGAGGCAGACAGUGCCAGUGUGAUAUCUAUUCAAAAGGAUUUACGCAUGUUGUUGACAUUGUGUCUUUUUAAUGAUGACUUGGCUGCUGACUAUUUGCUAUCACAUCUUAUAUCUACUGUUUAUAGUCGUUGCGAAUUGCAAAGUAUUGGAAAGUUUUCUCUAAACAUUUGCAAUUUACCAAAGGAAUCUGUGGCAGAAUAUACCAAGCAACUGUAUGGAAUAUUAGAACAGAUAUUACCGGCGAGUCAUUAUUUGCCUAUGACAUUGGAUACCAUGAACACAGCAGCUUUUGUUCCAAAAAAAGACUACGAAACAAAUAAGCUGGUGUCAGGCUUGUUGCAAUUAGCACCGCAUACUCACUUGGUGUUAGAUGAAACUCGUAUGCAACAGGGUAAACUAGAAGCAAAUGGUGUUAUGGGCAUUCAGAGCAUAGCCAAUCUAAUAAAUAAUCAACAAAUUAAAUGUAAUUUCCAAUAUUACGAAAUAGAUUACAAUGUCGAUAUACCAGUAUUAAUAUUGAGUGAAGGUAGAAGUAUGCUGCCGAGUGACAUUUCAUUGCCCUUGAAAACAGACACUGAAUCCGUUCAGUUAAUGACAGAAACAUUAAAAGCCGCCAAUCAUUAUCUGAGUCAAAAUUCUCGCCUGGAACAAUUUAGACGCUAUCUCACUAAUGCGAAAACUUCCGAUUUUACUAUGAAUCCAGAUGAUACCGAGAUGAUACAAAAUGACUUUGUGGAAAUGCGAAAGACGAAUUCAGUAACAAGUGCUGACGACUUGCAUUCACUUCUUGUCCUGUCACGACUAUUGGCUAUUGCACGCGGCAAAAAUGUUCUCGAUAAAGAAUCUUGGGAAUUGGCAAAAGAAAUGGAGUCCAAGCGUCGCCAACGUCUUUCCGAAUUGCCGAAGUCUAAAUUGAAAACACGUCAACAAUAACAAUAAUAUUGCAUUUUA